AUGGAGACCCCCAAAAGCCCCAGGAAAGAAGUUUAUCGGCCUUUGACUGGGCAUUCUGAUGAUCGGCGGUUUAGCGUCGAAGAUGAACUCUUUGACUACCAGAAUCACUCAGACUCGCAACCACAGCGCAGAUAUCAUCAUCAUCGGAACUACAUUCUCUGGGCGCUCUAUAUGGCAUCUAACGUCAUAUCUUUUGUGGUUGGGGGCUAUUUCGGCACCAAGAUGCACGACAGCAGCCUCAACAGGGAGUGUUCAGUGCACACAUCGGCCUAUUCGCCGUUGAUGAAAGAUGUUGACAUCAAGUACGCAUACACCAGCUUCAACGGAUCAUUCCUCAAAGAAACAGUUUACAGGAGGGAUGCAUCCCCUGAGGUCGAUGCUGCUUGGGAGGCAUUGGGCGUAGAUUACCGCCCCGGUGUUAUUCCCCUCCAGGAUGGGCCUGCAAGCGGUCUAGAAGAGCGACAUGUACAGCGCUCUGAGAAGUACGGAGCAGGAUACUUUGUGAACGUUGAGGGAAUGCACCACCUUCACUGUCUGAAUCUUGUCAGAAAGUCAUUGUACUUCAACUAUGCAUACUACAAAGACCUGGGCAUGCAUGCCUUCAAGAAUGAUGACCAUAUUCUGAAGCUUCAUACCACUCACUGCCUGGAUACGAUCCGCCAAGUGCUCAUGUGCAACGUUGAUACAGGUCUUCUCGGUCAAGUCUGGUAUGAUCCGCAGAAGCCGGCGGCUUUCCCCGACUUCAACACGCAACACAAAUGCAAGAACUUUGAUGCUGUCAGGCAGUGGGCAGAAACGCUCCAGGCACCUCCGGCAGACCAGAUCCCCAUGGACUACUUGAAGCCAGCAGAUCCUCGAUAUAUUCUGCCAAGUACCCCCUAA